UUUCAAGGUCCCUUCCAGUUCUAGGAGAUGGGAUAUUUCUAAUUUGCAGUUUGCUCCCUGCUUCCAUAGCUCCUUGGAGAGGAGUCAACAAGAACUUAGGAUAGGAAGAGAGUAGAAAACCAACCUAGUAUGCUAGACACUGCUAAGCAGAUCUGUUUCUAAGCCAUUGCAGAGAGUCAGGAUGGAGGGCAGUGGAGAAGGAACAAGUCUGUUAGGACCGCCUGAGCAGGCUUUACAAACAAGGAGUGCAGCUUACUGUUCUUGGUUCUGAAAUGACCGGGAAGGCAGUGGAGGUAUUUGGGCAUGGUUCUGGUGGAAGGGCUGUAUUUGUCAAGAUCGAGUUUAGUUCCUCAAGAGCUCAGGGAGGCUGUUUGGAGAAGAGACCACAUAAUAAAAUCAUUAUCGUCUAGGCAGCUCCAGUGUAAUAAAGGAAACGAGAAGGGAAGGAGUUCCCUGAGAAGCCCUGUGGGUGAUGCACACCAAGAGUGCAGAGACCUGAGAAUGUUUUGGAGAAGAUCAUUGUCUGAACCAAAUCCGGGAAAUUGGAGGUUAAAACCACAGAGCUUCUUAACCCACCGUGCCCUAGAGUGGAUCAGCACACUCAGAGGGAGGAGGACUUAAUAAAGAUGGGACUUUCCUGUUCCCGGCUAAAUAUCGCUCCCAGCGCCAUGUGUCCGAAACGACAGAAUCUGCAUCUCCAGUGAAAACAACACCCCUCCACUGACAUGCUAAGGGCAUGAAUCCCCGGGGAGCAGCUGGGAGCGGGUUGCCAGUCCCCCAAAUUGCUGCAAUCUCUUAGAUGGAACGAGGGAAAGAGCCAUGUGUCCCCAAUCUUCAUGCCUCCAUAGACAGGGAGAUCCCAAGACGUGCCCAUCCAGGUGAUGGGAUCAUGAGUGAAAACGAGGAGGAGAAUCCACCUCUUCAGACAGAGGAACUAAGUGUAGCAUUGUCAAAAAAAUCCAAAGGGAAAGAUUCACAGAGCCCUGACUGGGAAGAUGACUGUGAGGAUGAGUGGGGGACAGAAAAUCAGGAGAGAAAUCUUCCAGGAAAGAAAUGGGGUGAAUCUCCUCCCCGAGAGAGAGGUUUCAGGAAACUCAAAGACAUCAUUGCCCAGCAGAGGCCUCACACUGGAGAGAAACCUCAUAAAUGUCCUGACUGUGGGAAGAGCUUUAGUCGGAGAUCAAACCUCAUUCAGCACCAGAGGACCCACACAGGCCAGAGACCUUAUGAGUGCCCUGAGUGUGGAAAAACCUUCAGCCUGCGCUCGACACUUACAAGACAUCAGCGAACCCACCUGCAGGAGAAGCCCUAUAAAUGCACAGAGUGCGGGAAGAGCUUCCGCCAGAGCUCAGACCUGAUCGCUCACCAGCGAGUGCACACAGGAGAGACACCGUACCGGUGUGCUGUGUGCGGGAAGAGCUUUGGGCGGAGCUCCAACCUGAGCCAGCACCAGACCACGCACAUGGGGGAGAGACCCUAUCAAUGUGCUGACUGCCAGAAAAGCUUCCGGAGCAGUUCGGCCCUGGUGCAGCACCAGAGGAGCCACACGGGAGAGAAACCCUAUCAGUGCUCGGAAUGCAGGAGCCGCUUCCUGCAGAGCUCGGACCUGAUCAAACACCAGAGGAUCCACACCGGGGAGAGGCCCUACCAGUGCCCCGCCUGUGGGAAAUGCUUCAGCCAGAGCUCCUCACUCACUGAGCACCAGAGGACCCACACCGGGGAGCGACCCUACCAUUGCACUGAGUGCGGGAAACGUUUCUGCCAGAGCUCCACACUCAUCCAGCACCAGAGGAUCCAUACGGGGGAGAAGCCCUAUAGAUGCACUGAGUGUGGGAAGAGCUUCUGCCGGAGCUCCAAUCUGAAUCAGCACCUGACAAUCCACAUGAUAAAGAAACCUCAUCGGUGCACUGACUGUGGGAGGGGCUUCAGUCAGCUCACUAACCUUAUUAUACACCAGAGAAUCCACUCUGGAGAGACACCCUAGGACAGUGGUUCUCAAACUUUUGUACUGGUGACCCCUUUCACACAGCAAGCAUCUGAGUGCGAACCCCCCCCAUAAAUUAAAAACAUUUUUAAAAUAUUUAAUUCUAUUAUAAAUGCUGGAAGUGAAGUGGGGUUUGGGGAUGGAGGGUGACAGCUCAUGACCCCCCAUGUAAUAAUCUCGUGACCCCCUGAGGGGUCACGACCCCCAGUUUGAGAAUCCCUGCCCUCGGAGCUAUGGGGACAGCUUCACGGACCUACCAGCACCAGAAAAUACACUCCACACAGAAAGCUUUGCUGGCUGUCUCCCUCCUGGAUAGUGGCCUACUCCAGGAGGUUCAAUUCAGGGUGGGAUUAGGGAUAUCUUCCUCCACCUUUAAGAGAUUUAUCAACUGGACAAUGUUGCAGAGAAGGAUCUGUUCUGUUUUGUUGCUUUUGCUCCACCUACUGCAGAGUGAAACUGAUCAGGAUCAUGCCAGUUUCAUUCUGCUGCUGGGGAAGCCCUUUGUUGUACAGUUGGGAUCUGAAGAGAGGGGUAGGUGGAGGAAAAUGACAGGGAGGGUCAGAGCCACACAGAAGUAAGUGGGAAGGUAAUAUUGCUCAGGGCUGUUUCCAGAGACUAUCUUUAUCUACAGCUCCCAUGUAAUAUAUAAUAUACCUUCUAGGGCAGAUGUCGAUAGAUACACACAGCUAGGGUAUAUUGGCUUCACAUGUGCAGACCUACUACAAAGUAGUGACUUACUGUAGCUUUCUCACGCGCUAUGGAGUGGACAUCAACAUACCAAGGUGGUCAAACUGGGUUGGGAGAAAACAGUAUCUAGUGCUUGGAUCCUUCCGGGAGAAGACAAACACUGCAGUGUUCACAUGAAGUACAGGCCACUAGUGAGGUAAUGGGAUUGUGUGAAGUCCAUAAAGUGGGGCCAGUGUCAGGUAUCUAAUUCUAUACUAGACAUGCAUUCCAUAAAGAGACCAGAAAGUCCUCAGGUACUCAGCAGAAUAUGAGGAGCUGUUGUGGCCACUGCAUGUGAUCCCAACUCUAAAUACACAGUCUUCCCCCUCCCACACCCAGUCUUCCUGAUAGUAACAAGUAUGCAUUCAGCAAUGCUAAUGAGCAGCAGAGGUGGAUUAAGAUAUAUUGGGGCCUGGGCACAAAGAACGUUUCUCGUCCCCCCACCACCAUGGAGCCACGCCCCCUGCUCCUCCCCUUCCCCCUAAGGCCCCACUCCCUGGCCUGGCCAGAAGCCGGGCCAUGGUAAGAGCUGCCCAGGGAGCCUGGGACACUGUGGGGAGCCUGGGGCAGUGCACCCUGGGGGGAAGGGACAAGGGCUGGGGGCUGAUCUUGGGCACCUCGUGACCUUGGCCCCCAAGUCAGGUGCAGGGUCCGGGGCUCCCCUGAGCUGCCCAGGCUCCCUGCCCCCAGCCCCAGCUGUGGCUCUGCUCCCAGCUGCACCCCCACUCACAGCCCCUGACUGUGGGCCCCAGCCCAGCUCCUGGCCCUGGCUCCCGGGGGGGGGGGGCAUAGACCAGGUAAGGGUGCACCUAACUGAAAAAGUUUGGGGAUCCCUGGCCUAGGGUGACCAUACGUCCUCUUUUGGCCCCAGAUGUCCUGAUGUUUUGGGCAAAACUGGGUAUUUGGCCUAUUUGCUCUUGUCAACUGAUCACCAGCUGGCAAGAGCAAACGGUACAAAUGCCCAGUUUUGCCACAAAGGAGCUUGGGUGUGUGUGUGAGAAGUGGGGCUCAGGGGGGUGAGUGAUGGGGCUUGGCAGGGGUCUGAGCAGUGGGGCUUGGGCCAGCCCUGCAUGGGGGAGGAAGGGAGGAGGGCCAGCUCUGCGUGGAGGGAGAGGGGCUUGGGCGAGCUUCGUGCCAUGCAGGGGUGAGGGAAAGGAAGAAUAGGCUCAGAGCAGUUACAUGCCACAUAGGGGGAGGUCCUCGGGCCUUGAUCCAGUGCCGUGCGGCGGCCAUCAGUCCAGCGCUGCAUGGGGCAGGGAGGGGGGCCCUCAGUUGUGUGCCACGCUGCACUGGGCAGGGGGGCGCUCAGGCCAGCUCAGCGUGGGCUUGGGCAAGCAGCAUUCAGCCAGCGCAGCCUGGAGGUGGGGGGAAUUGGUCACCACCCUUCCACAGGCUUCCCGCUGGGCUGGAGAUGGGGCCUCAGGGGGAAGAGGAGGAGUGGGGAGGGGGAGAGAGGAGGAGCAGAAGGCAGGACUAGAGUUCCAGCCGCUGCAAAUUGACCGGGCCCCCUGGGCAUGGCUAGAGCCCUGCGCAGAUACACGCCCUGCCCCCAUCACUUCCACUCAGCUGUCUGCAUCUCCUGUUUGGGGGCAUGUGCCCACUUGAACACACAAGCGUGCCCAGGGACAGCUGUCUGCCCCAGUGGGCAGGGAUGGGGGUGGUACAGCUGUGCCAGAGAGGCUGUCGGCAUGGGAGGCUGGUUCCUGGGAAUGGCGGCCCCACGUUCUGCUCCUUUCAUUGCUGCGGUUCCCGGGAAAGCCCUGCGGUUCCACGGAUACCGAUUUAUAUCCGCAGAUAUCCGCAUCCACAGAUAUAGAUUUGUAUCUGUGCAGGGCUAUAUUGACAGGCACUCUCCAAAGCACCCGGUACCGUCUCUAGUUGAGAAAAUAAAGUAGCAACAAUGGCAGAGCUAGACCAUGUGCCACUGAAUAACUUUGUAGUAAAAGACAUUGUGCAGCAAUACCCAAGGAAUCCCUGUGUAAUGAUCUCCUAGUAAUGCCCUUCACAUGGAACAAAAGGAAUAUAUGGCCUGAUUCUCCACUGCCUUGUACCUCGUGUCAUCAUUUACAUCUGUUUAGAGUGGGUGUAAAAUGUUACCAUUCUGACUUGGCUGGGUUUUACACUCAGCACAGGGAUAAGUGGUUACACAAGGUACAAAAUCAGGUCCAUAAUUUCCCUGGUAGAUGGGGGACAUGGUACAUUAUUCUUUAGCAAGCUAUAAAAAGGGGAAGCAGAGGCAGUCUUGACACUAUUGGAUGCUAUUGGAAAUGGAGCCAGUGGUGACACUGAGCAGAGAUGCUGUGGACCACAACCCAAAGUGUGGGCAGCCUGGGUGUGUCUGCACAAAGAUGUGUGCUUAGUAAAUCCUAAGCAUGUAGCCACAUUUGGUGCAGGUGUAAUUCAUGGUAAACUGAUAAUAGGAGGGGGCUAUAGAGUUUGUAACAUUUCUAAAUGCUCAUUUGUUACUGUUUAAGAUAAAUAGAAUCUUAAUAUUAUUAAUUGAAGUCUGGAGAUCCUGCAUUGGCAUCAGCAUUCCCUCAGAGCUUGCUGAUCCCGAGAACACUGAAAAGUAUAAAGCAACUCAUUUAUAUAGUUCCAUGUUGUUGAUUUUGUACAUAAUUGCUUGUACCUAUACAAUCUGUGCAUGCUUGCACCUCUGUACUUAACUAUGAAGGUAGAUUCCUCUUUUCAAAACUGCACUUGAUUGUUGAUGUUAAAUACUGUUCUUUGCAACACUUAAAGUUAUGCAAUAAAGUAAAAGCAUUGUUUCCCA